CGCUCAUGGAGAAGAGGAGGCGGGCGCGCAUCAACCUCUCGCUGGAGCAGCUGAAAGGACUGCUGGAGAAACACUACUCGCAUCAGAUCCGGAAACGCAAGCUGGAGAAGGCGGACAUCCUGGAGCUGAGCGUCAAGUACAUGCGGACCCUCCACCCCCCUUCCCAAGGGCUCCCGGCCACCAAGAGCGCCGACUUCCAAGCCGGCUUCCGCAGCUGCCUGCAAGGCGUGCGCCAGUUCCUGCUGCGCUCCGACGCGGCUCCGCCAGCGCGCGGGAGAGCCCGGCCGCUCAAGCCCCAGCCUCGGGGGCCCCGGGAGGGAGAGGACUCAAUCCCCUUGAGAGCAAGCUGGAGCCAGGCCCCGAGCGGGCAGGAUCGCCUCCCCCAAAGUGGCCACCCUCUCUGGCGACCUUGGUAAACCGUGCGCCCGGCCGGUGCGCAUUCCUGGUGCGCCCUGGGCGCACGCUGCCGCCGCCGCCCCUCUGAGCGCGGUGACUGCAAGCCUUCGGAGGUUCAUCCGAGGAUCAGCAGCCCUGCCUCAAGGUGUACAGGAUCCGACCACGCUUGACACGGGGUCUACCUCUCCAGUUGCUUUGCCCCUGGGGCCGCUUUCAAGCGCAAAAGUUGCUCCUUCCAGGUGUGUGUGU